CAAUAACAAUAAAAUCACUCGUUGACAAUAUGAAAGUCCUAUGAUUUUUUAAGUUAUUCUGAGUUGCGCUGCACAAAUGCAGAAAUGCAUCCAUGAGUCAUUUGCUCUUUGAUCUACUUGAACGCUUGCCCAUUCACUUAUUGUUUUUCUUUGUAUAACUUCCCCCUGGAAUUCCUGAAACUGGGAUUGUUGCUCUGAUACUGAAACCCCAGAGAUUAUAGCCGCCUAAUGUCUUGAAUCUGUCAGCUCCUUGAUUUGUGUGUGUGUUUACUGUUGUUCAAACAGCAGUACCUGGUAAGAAGUGUCAAAAUGUGACAUACCAUUUGAGGAUGGGUCUCUGAGUUACACUUAUAGUGUGUUUCCUCGAGAUCUGUUGAGUCUCACCCUGUGAGGGGCUGUGGGCAGAGCCCGAGGAGCUGGAGAACUGGAGCCGUCCCGCUCACCUGAAGCCAGGACGAAAAAAGAAAAGGCGAUGUGCAAAUGAAUGCUCCACACCCAGGAACAAAUUUAACAGGACCUCCGGGAUAUAUUGGCUGUCCUGGCCCCCAGGCUGGCUAUCCAGUGCCACCAGCGGGUUAUGCAAGUCCUGGCCUAGCUGGCUUUCCUGUCCAACACCAGCCAGUGACUAGUCACCCAGGUGAGCCCACCCAGGUAUCAUGGAUGCCAGCACCACUACCUCCAUUAAACUGCCCACCGGGGCUGGAAUAUUUAACUCAGAUAGAUCAGCUGUUGAUUCAUCAGCAAAUGGAACUGCUGGAAGUCCUCACAGGUUUUGAAACUAGAAACAAAUAUGAAAUUAAGAACAGCCUCGGACAGAGGGUCUACUUUGCGUCAGAGGAUACUGACUGCUGUACUCGAAAUUGCUGGGGGCCUUCUAGGCCUUUUACCAUGAGGAUUCUUGAUAAUAUGGGCCGAGAAGUCAUAACUCUGGAGAGACCGCUGCGGUGUACCUGCUGCUGCUGUCCCUGCUGCCUGCAGGAGAUAGAAAUCCAGGCUCCUCCUGGUGUCCCAGUAGGUUACGUUACUCAGACCUGGCACCCUUGCCUGCCAAAGUUUGCAGUUCAAAAUGAGAGGCGAGAGGAUGUGCUAAGAAUUUCUGGGCCAUGUGUUGCCUGCAGCUGUUGUGCAGAUGUUCAUUUUGAGGUUAAAUCUCUUGAUGAUAAGUAUGUGGUUGGCAAGAUUUCCAAGCACUGGACUGGCCUUGUUAGAGAGUUAUUUACAGAUGCCGAUAACUUUGGCAUCCAGUUCCCGUUAGACCUUGAUGUGAAAAUGAAGGCUGUGAUGCUUGGCGCAUGUUUCCUCAUUGACUUCAUGUUCUUUGAAAUGACUAAGUGAACAGAGAGCAGGAGUGUGAUAGUACAUUCAUGAAAGUCUCAGAAAAUCUGAAGUCCGUACCUUGAUUGGGAUUAUGUAAAAGAAAAUUGUGUGGAUUUUUUUCUUUAUGUAAAUGACUUAUUACAGCAUGUGUAAAUUAUACUAGGAUACCUGAAGCUUCAGGCAUAUGGUUUUACUUUGCAAAUUAAAGAGUUUAUUUUCUAUAUCACUUACUUAUAAAUGUUUUUGUACAUUUUCUUCUUCAUCGUGCAUUUUGGAGAAAGGCUAUAGAAAUUUUUACAUUUAAACAUAACUUCCUAUGAUGAAUCGCUUUGAACUAGAGUCCCUGCUUUGUUUUCAAUCUGUACAGAAAAAUUAAAGCCUUUUUAAAGUAAUACUAAUAUAAACAUAUAUUAUUUUAUUAAAUCUAGUUACUUCCUAUGUAACAACUGUUAUUUUGCAAAAAUGGUAUAUUCAAAAAAGUUCAAAAUUAACAUAAUUUUCAGUGUUUAUUUUUACAAUUAUGCUCAAAUAAUACUCAAUAUUCAUAUUGUCAAACGUAUUUUUUUGUUCAGAAAAUCACACUGCAUUUAACUUCUAUAAUCUGCAACUAUUAACAUUUUUAUAUUGACAAGACUAUAAGUUACCAAAUUUUGAUGAUUUUUCAUGAAUAAAAGAAUGAUUGUGUACCAAAGAAGGACACACUGAAAGAUUCACUCUAAAACUUGGAUACUAUAAUAUUUUGAAGUAAUUAUAUAUAUAUGGAAUAAUUAGCUUCUGUUCUAUAUUCUGUCAUUCAUGGAAUAUAGUAGUUUUCAGAUCACUCAAGUGUUAAUUAAAUAGAACAUAUAUAUUCUGUCCUUUUAUAUAAACAUAUAUAAACGUUUAUAAUGGUCUAUUAGAUUAUUUUUGCCAACAAUUAAAUAAUUAAAACAUUGCUGAUAUA